CCCGUAAAGGGUCUUCUCACGGAUUCCGCAUGCUGCAGUUUGCAUCCCGCUACCGGCAGCCAACCAUGCCCCGCAGGCUUCAGUGUUGGACCGCGUGGGUCGCGCUCCUGCUGCCCUUGACACGAGCAGCGCAGCCACCCAACAUCGUGAUGAUUCUCGCUGACGAUCUGGGUUGGCACGACGUGAGUUACCACGGCUCGGACCAGAUCCCGACGCCCAACAUCGACGUGCUCGCCAUGGAUGGCGUUGUGCUGGCCAAUAACUACGUCCAGCCCCUCUGCACUCCUUCUCGGGCGGCGCUGCUCACAGGCUACUACCCCAUACACACCGGGACACAGCACUCAAGUUUUCGCAGUGCAGAACCUGUAGGACUAGACCCUGACAUAAAGCUGCUGCCUGAAUACCUCAAAGACCUAGGCUACUCAACUCAUAUGGUUGGCAAGUGGCACCUGGGAUUCAGCAAGGACGAAUACACGCCGACUAGCCGCGGCUUUGACACGUUCUACGGAGUUUACAAUGGCGAAGUGGAUUACUGGACCCACUUCAGCAGAGACGGUAUCCGCCUCGGCGUGGCAAACUACGAUGCCUCCAUCAGGGUGCUGUCUGACCGGUUCGGCCGUCGAGACAUGCUGGUCGAAGACCAUCUGGUCCACCUACUCGCAAUGGCACCUAUUCGUAGUUCCGCCGAUCUAGACAAGCAUCGAAAUCUCUAUGAAGAGAUCACUUUCCGCACAAGUGCACUGGAGGGCCUUGGCGUUUCACCAGAUGAGUAUGCCGCUGUUCUGCGACGCGUCAUCAUGAAGGCCUUACCACCUGACCUUGGUAUCCUGUAUCGUCAGCGGCUGAAGGAGGCUUCUUCGUCGAACUACGCGAUGACACGGCAGCGGUUACAGAAGACAAGUCCCAGCAACAUCUCCGAGGUCCACAAUGAACGCCUGCUCAAACUCAUCGAGAGACUCGAAGAGCUGGUCGAGGCACACCACCGCAGGUUUGACGCCAUAGCCAGCUAUAGCUGCAAAGUGCUUCGCGGAACUUCGAUUCAUACACCUUUUUUCCUGUACUUCGCCCCGACGGCUGUGCACUGCGGUGGACUGAACGAUUCGCUCCAGGCGCCCAAGGAGUACGUGGCCAAGUACGCCUACCUGGGCGACUACGACAGGCAGAUAUUCGCCGGAAGCUUGGCCGAGCUGGACAACGCGGUGGGUGCCAUCGUGGAGGCACUCUACAAGGCCGGCCUGCUGAACAACACGGUGAUCGCCUUCUCAACCGACAACGGCGGUGCGCCCGUGGGAUUUUCGCGCAACACGUCGCCCAAUUGGCCCCUGCGCGGCUCCAAGGGCACGGUAGCCGAGGGUGGCGUGCGAGGACCGGGCUUCCUCUGGACGCCCCGGCUGGCCACACGCGCUAAGGCCACCAAGCAGCUAUUCCACAUCACCGACUGGCUGCCUACAUUUUACUCAGCGGCGGGUAGGCAGGCUUUUGACGUCAGACGAAUGCGGUAGCUAGAGGUCAAACACAGCAGAACUAGGGUCUAACCAAGUUGUACUGCUCUACAAAACUUUCUUUCACUUUGGACCUGUAUUUUCAAGUGACUUACUCUUGCUUUUGAGCCGUGAGUCAAGAUCUGCAACCAACUUAGUAACGUUCGCGCUGUCGGUCGGCAGGAGGCAAUAUGAAGAACGUGCCCCAAAUCGACGGCGUGAACCAGUGGCAGUCGCUGACGCUGGGAGCACCGUGGCCCCGUAAGGAGGUGCUCUAUAACAUCGACCCGGUGUGGGGUCAGUCGGCCAUACGCGGCGAGCGCUUCAAAAUCAUGGAGGAUCCGCAACAACACGGUGUUCCCCAACUACGAGUGGUACGACCCAGUCGGUGCCGUGUCACCCGACCACUGGAACACGCUUCACGAAGCGAGACAGGC